GGUCAACCAAGGUAUCUUGGGUGCCACGACAUUCUGGCUGCAUCCCACAUGGGCUCAAGCUGUAUGGAACCUUGUUUUUUUUUCCUCGCUGAAUCCAAUUCUCGCUCCGUCAUGUCGUCCUAUGCCCCGGUGCCCGAAGGAACCUCCAGAGAAGCCAUGUUGAUCCUCGACCGAGAGAUCGAGGAGGGCGACAGCGCUGAAGAGCUGCGGGCGCCGGACAACAGCAGCGAGAGGCCGAACAAAGUGAAAGUGAUCGCUCUCACGGCUGGCGUCCUGGCCGCGCUCGUCGGCGUGGUCCUGUUCAUGCUCUCGGAUCCAUGCCGCUCUCCGCUGGCCGUCUUCCGGGGGCAUGGGAUUGAAAUGGUAGAGAUGAAGCAGUUAGAAGCCGCCUCGCGGAACCUCAAGUCUGUGAAGAGCCGAACCGCGGCUGACCAGAUGGUGAGGGAAGCGAUGAGCAAGGCAAGAGAAGAGAGGAUCGCCCAUCACAAGAUCCACAAGUUGGGCAUGCCGAAGGGUCUCCGCAAGAUGGUGGGUUCCGGAGCGACACAGAUCGGCGACUACUUCCAUUCGGAGAAGUUGGCCGUGGAAGCCCGAAAGGCUGAGAUUGGUGACAUCGGUUGGACGGCGCAGAAGAAGGCAGAGUACUGGGGAGGUGGACAGUUGGAGCGCUCCGAGAACUUCCGGCAAGCCUUCUGCGUCUUCAAUGUGGCGGAGACCAUCGACAGUCUCGGAGGCACCGGGAUCGACGUGGACGCCAUCGUGCGCACCUGCCCCGAGCCCCGCAACGACAUCUCCGACUUCGCGUGCGCGGUCAACGCAGAAACCUUGGCAGAGAUGGUGGGAACUGCUGCCACCUGGCUCUCGAGCGCCGUGUCCACCUGUGACACCUUCCCCAACGUGGGCGCUGAGUGCGCCUCCGGCGUGGCGGGCAUCUUGGGCGCGCUGGGGGAAGUGGCGGCCAGUGGGACCUUGGCCAUGACCUCCUGUAAACAAUAUCCCUUGGCCGGAUUCAAGGCUGAUCAGUACAGCAGAGAUGCCAAGAUUGACAGUGCCGGCCACUCUACCAUGAGGAUCUCUCAGGUGGCCAACCAUGGCCCACCGGAGCGCCGCUUGUUCAUGGGCGCUGGGCUCAUGGGCACCGGCGUCGAGUGCGGCGUGGACAUCGGCUUCAUCGUGGACAAUAUCUAUGACACCAUCUUCUAUAUCCAGCAAGCGGUGUCCAUCUCCAGCUGUUCCAAGCACACGCGCUAUGGACCUUACAACUACCUCACAGGAGUGCCUGAGGCUGCUUGUGCCAUGGACAUCAGUGGCGCCAUCGCGUGGAUCACGCAGAUCGCCACCUUCGUGCAGCAGCUCAUCAGCCAUUGCCCCGACAUUUUAGAGUUGCCCACGCUUUGUGGAUCCAGCGCCACUGGGCUUUUGUCCUCGGCCUCGCAGAUUGCUUCCUGGGGCUCGCAGGUGGCCAUCGCCUGUGGCGAGAGCGAGUCUGUCGCGGUGAUACCGCGCGUCAUUGCCUUCAAGGAGAAGUACAACACGGUUCGAGGCAGGGAGGUGGAAUUCGUGAAGCUUUGCAAUCAUUGGAGCCAAGCCUUCGACAUCCAGUGCACCUGGGUCUCUGAGCGGGAACGAAAGAAGGGCGGCUUGACGCCCCAAGCGACCUUCGUCGGACCAUACGAAGGUCUCCUCCUGGCAGAGGCACAGAUCAAGGACGAAGGCCUCCGCUUGCCGGGCUUCAAGCCCUUCACGUACCUCACCACCGUCCGGCGGCCACACGGCACCGGCGUGCGCCGCCUCGGCGAGAGCGAGAAGGCGGCGCCGGUGGAAAGCGCGGCGACGGAGGAGGCCUUGGAGGAAGCAGAUCGGAAGUGGGAUCCGGAGAACCAUCCCAGCAUGCGCAACUUGCGCAUGGCCAUGAAGGAGCUUUACCAGCUCAAAGCCAACAUGACCGGCGACGCAGAUGUCAGCGCUGCGAAGCGUGCAACGCGAGAGGACCUCAAGGAGAGGUUACACUUGAUUGAGCCCGCCUUGAAGGAGUUUUCCAGUGAGUGGUCCAUUGAAAACCUGGACACUUGCUGAAGCGUAGUAAGAGUUUCUCGCCUGAGGAUCCACGUUUGACCCACCACCUUUGGGAAGACAGCUCCGUCCGAAGACAUCGGCAAAACCGGGAGGACGCUCAGCGAAGCUCGAUCGAUUCGAGACAUGUCAAGGAAGGCUUCGGGACCCAUGGGAC